AUGGGUGUUGUGAGACUCACCGGGCAAUCCGGUCUCAUUGCGCGUGCAGCAGGGAUCUCUCGGUCGUCAUCAGGUUCUCUGCUCGCGACUCAGUCUCGAGCGACGCGCAUGACCGCUCCCUCAGUGCCUCACACCAAGCCCUUCUCAAUCUCCACACCCGUGUCCUGCGCCAGUCACAAAAACACCAGUGCAGCGUCACCCUCAAGCUUGGAUAUAAAUCCUCAGCCCAAAUCUCAGACUGACAUUGCUGGUGCGGAUCCCACAGAUCGAUAUGCAGCAGGUCUGCGCCUAAACAAGGAAUGGGCUGCACAAACAGCCCGCGACCACCCCUCGCUUUUCCCUACCCUCGCCUCAGGACAGACACCACAGAUUCUAUGGAUCGGAUGCUCCGAUUCUCGUUGUCCGGAAACCACCUUCCUGGGCCUCGAGCCCGGUGACGUCUUCGUGCACCGCAACAUCGCCAACGUCCUCCACCCCGGCGAUCUCAGUUCCUCUGCCGUUAUCGAAUACGCCGUGCAACACCUGCGCGUCAACCACGUCGUGGUAUGCGGUCACACUGCUUGUGGUGGCGUCGCGGCGGCCCUAGGCAACAAGAACCUGGGUAUUUUGGACCCAUGGCUGUUCCCCCUUCGCCAGUUGCGUGAGCGCAACCUUAAACUUCUGCAGUCAAUGCCCACUAGUGAAGCGGCCUCGAAGCUGGCUGAGUUGAACGUUCGCGAGGGCUUAAAUAUUGUGAAACAGAAGAGCAUUGUGUUGAAUGCCAUUCAGGAGCGAGGACUCCAGCUUCAUGGCUUGAUUUAUGAUGUUGGAUCAGGUGUGCUCAGUGAGCUGGACACUGAGGAUUCGGAGGAGGUUAUCAGGGCUCGUUUGACAGCUUUCCAAACGGAAUGA